CCGUGCGCCUUGAGCUUUGGGUCCUGAGGGCAUAGCAGGCUUAUGGCACUGACUUUGGCCUGUCCCAUACCCUCUUACUGGCCACUUUAACUUCCACAAAUGUAAGCCAGGGGAGGUAGCUGAAAUCUUACUGACGCUCAAUGGACCACCACCUGAUGACGCUCACCAGAAUCCAAAAAAGGGAUCUAAAGGAACACCAAAUGCAUGCUGCCUGAGGACGACCAGAAGAUAUGAAAGUGGUACUGGUGCUUGCCUUCCUCUCCCCACUCCUCUCUGCAUCCCACACCUGUCCAAAGGAGUGCAUUUGCAACACUGUCACCAAAGUGGUGGACUGCCAAGGACAAGGGCUUUAUGACAUCCCCCGACGACUGCAUCCUGACACCCAAGAACUGUAUCUUCAAGAUAACCGCAUCAGAGGGUUGGGAUCGAUGGCUUUUCGUGAAAUUCCUUUUGUCCGCAUUCUUCAUCUGGCCAAUAACUCGAUAGCAUCUGUGUCCCCAACUGCUCUGUUGGGCCUCAGAACUCUACAGCACCUCAAUCUUGCCUACAACAGCCUGAGAGAGCUUGACAAGCGGUUGCUUGGACCGAUCCGCUCACUUUCACAUCUUGACCUCUCACAUAACAGCCUAUGGGGGCUGCCAGGAGCCAUGGGGGACAGUAUGAGGAACCUAAGCCACCUGGCACUUGCACACAACAGGUUAACACGAUUGGACCGCUCUUUACUGGACAGCCUGGUGCACCUGGACAGCCUCACACUAAGUGGAAACCCCUGGAAAUGUGAUUGCCAGCUCAUUGGGCUCAAACUCUGGCUGGAGACCUACCUCUUCAAAGGUGGAGUGGUGGAUGAGGUGGUGUGCUCCCAGCCAGAAGAAAUGAGGGGCAGAGAUCUCCAGAAUGUCCCUUAUCAGCUCUUUCAUGCCUGCAUGACCACAAGCUACCAUUACCUGUUUGCCAACAUACAACAUCUGGAGUCAGAGAGGCUACUCCGAGGACACACCCAUGGCAACCAUGCUCAUCCUUCCAGCAACACCCUCCACAUCCCAAUGGCAAUGGGCGAGGGUUUUGGUUUUGGUGGUGGAGGAGGAGGCAUAGGAAGAGGUGGAGGGACUAUGCCAGAGUGCGAAAGCAAACAGAAGCAAAGGCCUGUUAAUCUGCGACACGCCAUUGCCACGGUGAUCAUCACCGGUGUGGUAUGUGGGAUCGUAUGUCUGAUGAUGCUUGCUGCGGCCGUGUAUGGUUGUGCGUACGCUGCUAUCAUGGCCAAAUAUCAGCGGGAGCUGAAGAAGAAUGAGGAGCUGGCAGCAGCGCAGGGGCCGGAUCAUGCUGCAGAUGAAAAAGAACCACUGGAGAAUGCUAUUGCCUAGGAGACGAUAACAUGAACCCUGAAAUUAAAACUUGAGCCACAAUCUAUCAUCCUAAUUAUUUUGACAUGUGCGUUCAUUUAUGUAUACUUGUGAGGGUGAAGGAGCAAGACUGAGACUGCAUUUGUGAUCAUAUCAUUUGAGAUUUGGGAAGCUGAAUUCCUCUCGUAUUUCUCUAUGCACUAAAGAGAGUACGCAGGUGCAAGGGGUUGGCCAAAGACUUCAAAUGUAUCGAUUCCAUUUUACCUGGGAAAUCAAUAACAUUACAUAUAUAUAGAAAGUGUGUUUAUAAAGUAUACUUGUAGUUAUAAUAGUAAACCUAUUGUGUUAAAAAA